CUGGGCAAGUUAACCGUUAUUCAAAUAACAAGAGUCUCUCUGAAGCUUGAAUUCACCACUUCUGCUAACUAUCUAUAGCCUUAAAGCCUCUUACAUCUAGAAGUUCAAGGAAACCCCACCACAGUUUGUAGUCUUAGGCACCAUGAAGAUAACCAUCAGUUUGAAUAAGCAUUUAGAAAGAUUAGGAUUGGUCGAAUCAAACUAGGCCCUCCCAUUGUGCACCAAACAUUUUUAAAUGCCUGGUCAGAGACCCAUACCUGGUUAUAGCAUGAAUGCCUCAGAAAGAUUUUUCUUAUCUGGAAAAAAACCAGAGGAAGACCAGAACUAUUGGCUAUAGCACCACUAAUACACAAUUGCAAAGAAAAUUCCAUCACAGACUGUUUUAUGAGAUGGAGACUCCAACUAUCAGUGAUGACUAUCCUUAUAAUGGCACAGAGGGCUUUGAAGAUAAUUGCACAGCUGUGGAGCUACCUCACAGGGACAUUUUCUUGCCUGUUCUAUAUAGCAUUGUGUUUAUCGUGGGGAUUGUUGGCAAUAUCCUUUUGAUAGGAUCCCUAAUCUUCAAGCGGCACAUUCAGAGACAAAUUGAUAUCUUCAUAAUCAACUUGGCAUUUUCUGAUUCUGCUUUUCUUAUCACAUUGCCUUUUUGGGUGGAUAAGGAAAUCUAUUCUGGGCUUUGGAGAUCUGGCACUUUUUUCUGCAAAGGCAGUUCUUACAUCAUCUCAGUCAGCAUGCACUGCAGCAUUUUUCUUCUUACAGGUAUGAGUGUGGAUCGGUACCUGGCCAUCUUAUAUCCAUUGGUAGCCAGAAGGUUCAGAACAAAGCAGCACUCGAUCAGAUUUUGCAUCUGCAUCUGGAUUCUCUCCUGCCUGUUAGGCUUGCCCACCCUUCGGUCCAGAGAUCUGCAGAUAUACAGUGAUGAUACAUAUUGCAUGGACACAACAACCGUAUUCACUCACAAGAUUGAGUCAUUGUUGAUGCUCUUUUUUGGCUUCUUUGUCCCUUUGCUCAGUAUCUUAACAUGUUAUUACUCCAUCAUCAAGAAACUCUGCCAGCAUUAUCAGAGAACUGGGCCACACGAUAAAAAACUCAGGAAAUCCAUCAAAAUUGUCUUCAUUGUUGUUAGUGCAUUUGUUUUCUCAUGGACUCCUUUCAACAUUUUUAAGUUUAUAUUUCUGGUGUUUGACUUCGAGGAACUGCAGCCACAUUUCUGCUUCAUCUCCAACAUUGCCUAUGUAGGCAUGCAACUGUGUGGUCCAUUUGCAUUUGCACACAGCUGUGCAAACCCUUUAAUCUACUUCUUCUUCGAUGACUAUAUCCGUAAGUCCAUGCUGCUAUGUAUUCAUCCAUGCACAAAGGCCAGCAAUAUUGGAACCAGUUCUGACACGACAGACUCUCGCCUUAUCUACUCUUUGACUGCACUUGCCCAUGGGGAAGAUGCUUCCAGGAGAAGGAAUAGGUCGGUGUCAUUGUAAAAAGAUCAUUCUGAAAAAUCCAUUGCUUCCAAGUAAGGACAAAGGGAAGUAAAAAUUGUGGGAAAGUGAUGGAAAUUUGAAAAAUAAGAAAUUGACUGUAAUAUAGUAGUACUUUAAAUGGUGUGUUACGUACCUUUAAUCAUGCAACUAAUUACAAGGUUUAAUUGGAAUAUACUCUGUAAUUAUAAGAACUACAAAGAUUCUUGAAGGUUAUUUGGCAAUUAUCAAGCAGUGUUAAAAACUACAGAGAGACAAAAUAAUAGAAGAUCUUCUGUGAAUAUUUUGGUAUAUCAUGUAAGUUGUUUGAAGCUACAGAACACCCAAGCUGAUUUAGACCUGAACCUUUUAAUUCUGAGGAGGGAAAAAGACCUAAUAAAUGCUAACUAACAGAGAUUCCUUUAGAAUGCAUAAUUGUUCUGUUAAAAUUCUCAUCUUUUUAUGUAAAACCUUUGAACAACGCAACAUUCCUUUAAAAUCUAUUCAUUACUUUUUCUGAUUUACAUUUUCAGUCCUUGAUACCAUAUUAUUAAAUGUAAAUACCAGCUUGGUUUGAAUCAUGCUGUUAAGUCCUAUAGAGAUGGAGUGAAAUGAAUUGGUAUAUAAAAUAAAAUUUAAAUGGAUAUUGCUGUUUGUAAAUCUCAUUCAUCUAAAAAUACUACAGUAUUACCAGGAAUUCAAAUGAACUAAAAUGGGAAAAUAAUAUGCGUCAUUAAAGAAAAAAAGAAUCAUGGAAGCGCACAUAUAGACA